AUGCCUGGAAAUCAACACCCUGAAGAAUACAGGAUUGCGUCGUUGGUCUUUUACAGUUUUGUACUGACAGUGGGAUUGUUGGUGAAUGCCACUGCACUAUGGGUUUUCAGCUGCACUACCAAGAAGAGAACAACUAUAACUGUAUAUAUGAUGAAUGUGGCAUUACUUGACAUAAUUUUUAUCUUUUUCUUGCCUUUUCGGAUAAUCUACUAUGGGAAAGAAAUGUGGCCUUUCGGAGAUACAUUCUGUCGGAUUAUCAGUGCCUUCACUAUAUUUUAUCCAGCCAUUGCACUCUGGUUGCUCACUUUUAUAAGCGUAGACAGAUUUAUGGUUAUUGUCCAGCCCAAACAUGUCAAAGAACUAAAAAAUACCAAGAAAGCUGUGCUAGCUUGCACUGGAAUCUGGGUAAUGACCCUCGCAACAACAUCCCCAUUGCUGUUUCUACAGUCUGAUCCAGACAAAGCCUUGAAUUUCACCACCUGCAUGAAAAUGCUUGAUAUCAUCCAUUUAAAGGAAGUAAACACAUUGAACUUUUCUCGCUUGAUUUUUUUCUUUUUGGUUCCCUUGCUCAUCAUGAUGGGGUCUUACCUAGUCAUUAUUUAUAAUUUUAUCCAUGGCAAGAUUUCCAAACUGAAGCCUAAGGCCAAGGAGAGAUCCAUAAGAAUUAUAGUAACACUGAUUGCUCAAGUACUCAUCUGCUUUAUACCCUUCCAUGUUUGCUUUGCCUUCCUGAUGCUGCAGGAUGAAAAUACAACUUACAAUCCCUGGGCAGCCUUCACCACCUUUCUCAUGAAUCUCAGUACAUGCUUGGAUGUUAUACUGUACUAUAUUGUUUCUAAACAAUUUCAGGCAAGAGUCAUCAGCGUAAUCCUUUAUCGCAAUUACCUUCGAAGCGUGCGCAGGAAAAGCUUUCGAACUGGAAGUGUAAGAUCACUUAAUAAUAUGAACAGUGAAAUGAUAUAA